AUGAUCGCCCUCCAAGAGUUAGCAGAAGUUUUAGCUGUCUCCACUGAAGAAACGCUUGCAGGGUCCUUCCAAGUUGAAGCAUUCUCUAAAGAGCUUAUUGCUAUCAUGAAUGGUGAUCCGCCAACGACUGCUGAUCCAUCUAAGAAGAAGGAACCUCUCUCUGCUGAAGCUCAAGAAGAAGCUGAGAUUAUGGCUGCUCUUGCAGCAUCCGGCGGUGAUGGAUUCGGUGACAACGUCGGUGAAGCUCAACUCUUAGCUUGCCGUUGUUUGGCCAACCUGAUGGAAGCAUUACCUGGUUCUUCAAUUAGAGUUGCCCAGAAUGGUGCUAUUCCGAUAUUAUGCUCAAAGCUACGUGAUGUUCAAUACGUCGACCUUGCUGAAGAGGCUGUUUCUACACUUGGCAAAGUGGCUCAAGAAGUUCCAAACAAAAUCGUAUCGGAAGGUGGUCUCACUGCUAUCCUCCAAUAUCUUGAUUUCUUCAACUCACAUGUUCAACGCACAGCGCUCACUGCAGCCGCCAACUGCUGUCGUGCAUUGACUCCAGAAAGCUUCGACAUGGUUUAUGAUGCUAUCUCGAAGAUUCGUGAUGUUCUUGGUUAUUCAGACCAGAGAUUAGUUGAACAAGCUUGUCUCUGCGUUGUACGCAUAAUCGACAGCUACAAAAACAAGCCUGACCUUAUUGAAAAGUUACUUGAAGAUGGAACACUCAUAACCGGCGUCGUCAAUCUCCUAUCACCAUCUGGCUCAGGUGGAACACCAUUAAUUACUAUCAAUACCUUUACUGCACUUUUACGCGCGAUGUCUUCAGCAAGCAAGGCUAGUGCUAAGGCAUCAAUCGCUUUGCUGAAUCGUAACAUUGUUGAUACACUUUACAAUAUACUUACUGGUGUUCUCGUUCCUGAGAAGACUGACCCUACUACUCAAGCAAUGGAGGAUGGUUCUGCACCAGGAGAAGGUGGCCUAGCUGAUAUGGUUGUUCUUGAAAAUCUCGCUCAUAGACCAAAAGAUCAAGUCGAUGAAGCACUCAGUUUAUCCUUAGAAUUACUACCACCUAUAGUACCAGUUGGUGUUUUCGAUAACAAGUCCUACAUCAACAAGACAGAAGGUCAAACUGAGGAUGAAAGCUCACAAAACGCUGAGAACAAGGAAAAACCAGAAUCAAUCAUCACGAGCCGUUCUAAGCAGAGAGAAGCCGCUCGUCAAGAAUCAAUGCGUAUUCGUAUUGAAUGUCUUCGUCAGAAUCCAGACUCGAUCAACCGCUUCAUGUCACUUAUGGUACCGGUAUUUGUUGAGGUUUACGCAGCAUCCGUAUCAACACCUGUUCGCAGUAAGGCUCUCGCAGGAUUGCUUAAGGUCAUCAGUUUCGCGGAAGAGAAACAACUACAUGAUCUGCUCAGAUAUAUACCAAUGGCCAGCUUCAUCGGUGGUAUCCUUUCUUCACGUGAGAAUCCAAAUCUAGUAACUGGUGCUUUACAACUUGUCGAACUUUUACUUAACAAGCUUCCUGGAGUUUAUCACUCAGCUCUUAGACGUCAAGGUGUCAUGUAUGAAAUAGAAGUUAUUGCUACUGAUAAGCUUAACUCAGAAAAGGAUGAAAAAGAGAAACCAAAUGAGCCAACAUCACCAUUAGACAAGGAUGAAGGGCCUCUUGGUGAUCCAGUAUCUAACCUUGCUAGAGCAUUGAGAGUGGAUCUUCCUCCAUCAGAAGCGCCUUCCGGAUUUUUGAAUCUUGGCUCCACUGGUCCAGCUAGUCGUCUUGCUACAUAUCUUGCUGCAGCCUCAAAUGUAGACCCUUCAGAUGCAGCAAUCGCUAGAGCUAGAACAUUAAAGGUCAUUUUUUCAAAGUUGGAAGAGCAAAAUGGUGCAGACACCUAUGACGAUGCGAAGGUUGCACUCGCAGAGAUCCGCGAUAUGGUGGAUAAGCUCAAGUCAUCUGAAACAUCUACAGUUCAAAUCAAGGAGACUUUGCAGAAGCUUGGUAACUGGUUCGUACGUGAAGAUAGUAUGUCAAGCUUUGAAUUACUUCGUAGUGGUUUGAUUGAAGGUUUGCUUGAAUUUAUCACGGGUGAUACUGAAUCACUCCCUUCAAGUAUGAGACACAAAGUUGUGCUCGAAACCUUUACCAAUACUAGGUCACACAUCCCUGGUUCUCCAUCCGCUUUGCUUUCACUCGUAAAACGUCUACAAGAAUCACUUAGUCGUUUAGAACCAUUCAAUGUUGGCACAGUAGGAUCAGCUCUUGGGGAUGAUAGCCGUCGUAAUCCAAUGUCAGCAUUGGGUCGUCAAGUCAGAUUACGUUUGGUUACUGAUGAUCAAGAACUCAGUAAAGUGCAACCAACUAUGGUUGUUUCUGUUCAUGCUAUUGCAACAUUUCAAGUUUUGAACGACUACCUUCGUCCGAGAAUAAUGAGCGCACUUUCUGGUAAAGGUGGACAUGGCUCAUCUAGAUUGUCGGGCGUUCUCGCUGCAUUCGCUGCUGCUGCUGGCAUACCCGCACCUGAAGAAGGAUCUACAGCUGCUUCAAGUACGAAGAAGGAUAAAGGAAAAGAUAGCAAAGGCGGUAGUCGUAGAAACUCUAAAGAGAGCCUUACUAACACACCUGCGGCGAAUGAUGAAAACAAAUCAAAAGGGAAAGGCAAGGAGUCUGUUCAAGGCGACGAAGAUGACACCGACGACCAUAGUCAGAAUGACAUAGAUGAAGACGAACUUCGUGCCAUGGAAGAGGAUGAAGAACAUGAUGAGCACGAUGACAACGAGGAUGAUGAGCAUGAUCCAUUUGCUGAGAUGAUGGGUGAAGGUCGACUCGGUCAUGAGAAAACGAUCAAUUUGGAUGUCAAGGAUGACGGUAAAGAAAUUGAAGCCAAGACGCCUGAUGGCACUCGCAUCCAGACGCCUUCAAAUACGAAUGAUGCUUCACCUACUGCCAGAAAGUCUUCAAAGUCUGGCAGUAAGAAACCAGAAUCAUUAGACAAUAAAGGAAAGGAGUUGAAGCCUAAAGGAUCAUACGCUUCAGCUUUGAAGACCAAGCCAACCGACUUCCAUAUUGAAUUUGAACUUGACGGUCAAAAGGUUGAUCUCGAAUCGACAAUUUACAGUGCAUUACAUCGUAAAGAAUCUAACUCCUUGAGAAAUCCAUUCGUGAAUGUUUACACACUCAAGUUCAAGCAUAUAGAUGGCCCGGCAGAGAAAAAGGAGAAGAUCGUCGCGAAGCCUAACAUUAGCGCUGUUACUACUGAAAAUGUCAAAGACGCUUGGUCAGAACUUCCUGAAUCGAUCGCAAAGGACUCUCAACAUGCACCUAUCCUUCAGCUUUUAAGAGUCUUACAUGCUCUCUGCGCUGAUAGACAGGAGUUGAAUGCAAUCAGUCAUCCAAAUGCUGCUUUAGCUCAAGAUACAGGUGUCGGGGAGAUGACAUUUGUCAACAAUAAGCUUACCGCUAAGCUUAAUCGUCAGCUUGAAGAACCAAUGUUGAUAGCUAGUUCUUGUCUUCCAGAAUGGGCUAUUGACUUGCCUACAGCAUUUCCAUUCUUGUUUACUUUCCAAACUCGAUACGCUUUCUUACAAGCUCAAACUUGGGGUACAACAAGAUUGAUCAACAAAUGGCAAAAUGAAGCUUCUCGUAUAGGAUCAGACAAUCGUAGACCAGACCCAACAACUACACAUCUUGGUAGAAUGCAAAGACAAAAAGUUAGGAUAUCGAGAGAGUAUGUACUCGAGUCUGCCAUCAAAGUAUUCGAAUUAUAUGGUGGAUCUUCUAGCAUUCUAGAAAUCGAGUAUUUCGAGGAAGUCGGUACAGGUUUAGGACCAACGCUUGAGUUCUAUUCUUUGGUUAGUAAAGAGUUUGCUCGUAAGAGUCUACGAAUGUGGAGGGGUAGCCAAGAUUCAUCUGAGUCGCCGUAUGUGUUCUCACCAACUGGUCUGUUCCCAGAACCAAUGUCAGAUAAGGAGAGUGAAUCUGAUAAGGGUAAAGAACGCAUCAAAUUGUUUAGAAUAUUGGGUCAAUUCCUGGCCAAGGGUUUACUUGACUCAAGAAUUAUUGAUAUCUCUUUCAACCCUCUUUUCAUGAAAUUGGUAUUAGGUUUGAGCAUUCCUAAGUCAGUAGCAGGAGUAAAACUGGUGGACCCAUUUGUUGGAAAAAGUAUGAUGGAAGUUCAAAAGAUUGUCGAUUCCAAGCUCUCAACAUCUGAAAUAACCGAGAAGGUUAGCGCUCUUGCACUAGAUUUUACCUUGCCAGGAAAGCCAGAGUAUGAACUAGUUGAAAAUGGCACAAACGUCGAUGUUACCAUUGACAACGUUGGUGAAUACCUCGACAAGAUCAUUGAGGCAACACUUGGCAGUGGCGUUUCAAAGCAAGUUGAGGCAUUUGUUGAAGGAUUCUCAAAGAUAUUACGAAUUGAAGACAUGAAGAUCUUCACAGCCGAGGAAUUAACAAGCUUGUUUGGUAACGCUGACGAAGAUUGGACCAAUGAGACGCUCAGUGAGAUUAUUAAAGCUGAUCAUGGAUUCAACAAUGACAGUCCAGCUUUACGUAGAUUGGUUGAGGUUAUGUCUGAAUUUGACAAUGUAUCACGUCGUGACUUCCUACAAUUCCUUACUGGUUCACCGAAGUUACCAAUUGGUGGAUUUAGGGGUCUUCAUCCACAACUCACAGUAGUACGCAAAUCACCUGAAGCAGGCUACAAAGCAGACGAUUCAUUACCAAGUGUAAUGACAUGCGCCAACUAUCUCAAGCUACCAGAUUACAGUAAUAAGGAUAUUUUGAAACAAAAGCUCACGAUUGCAAUGUCCGAGGGCAAAGGUUUCUUGCUUUCAUAG